AUGAAGUUUUCCCAUUCUUUGCAGUUUAAUGCUGUGCCGGAAUGGUCGUCCAAAUACCUUGCUUACACUACCUUGAAAAAAUUAAUCUAUUCUUUGCAAAGAGACAGUUUGCGGAGAAAGCACCAGCAUGAUGUCCUCAGCACGGGAGACAAUCUUGAUUUGGAAGAAAAUACCCAUUUGGUUGGGGAGCACUACUCCAGUUUGGGCACCUUGACGGAAAAUGGCGACGAGACUGCCGUGUCGGUGUUUGAGGCUGCGUUGAACGCGGAAGUGAAGAAAAUCGACACUUUUUUCAAGCAGCAGGAACUGUUCAUUUUCAAGAGCAUCGAUGAGUUGGUGUUCGACAUUGAAGAGUUUGAAAAGGAAAUCAACACCUCUUUGCAGUCCAACAAGGCGUUGAAGCCUAGAAGAAUGCGAAGCAGGAGAUUUUCGGAUAUUUCCAAUGACAAUUACUUGACUACCGAUCCAGAUACAGAGUUUACUCAAGCGGAAAUGGGCGACGACGACGACGAUGACGAAGAUGAAAAUGAACAUGGAGAGCAACACAUUGAAGGGCUAGAACGAGGUUUCACCGAGCCACGUGGAAGACGGAUCAAGAGAAUGGAAUCGGCACCAAUCAUCCCGCGUGGUGGCAAUGGUGGUGGUAAUGAUUUAACUCGCGUCAAGUCGAUUGACGAGUAUUUGAAAUCGCCAGCGUCUCCAAGAUUGUGGAGCGAAUUGAGCAAUGCCACCAACACCGAUGGAAGAAUGCCGCCGCAGUUGGUUCUACUUGGCGAAAGUCGAAUAAUCUUGAGAAAAAGAACAAUUGGAUUGUUCACCACCUUGUCCGAGUUGAAAUCUUAUAUCGAGUUGAACUAUACCGGUUUCAAAAAGGCCUUGAAGAAAUUUGACAAGUCGAUAAACACCGAUAUCAAGACUCCCUAUUUAGAAGGGUUACCUAAAAACUCGUACGUUUUCAAACCUUCGACUAUGCAAAAAGUCAAUGACAGAUUAGACUCGCUCGUGAAAAUCUACGCCUUGAUUUGUAACCAUGGUGACGAUUUAGAAGCUGCAAAAGCGGAACUAUCUGUUCAUUUGAGAGAGCACGUGGUUUGGGAGAGAAACACCGUUUGGAGAGAUAUGAUUGGGUUGGAAAGGAAAACGUAUGCUGCCAACUCAAAACUAAUAGACCAAAGAGACCGCGUUCUUGGAGAUAAAGAAGGCGAUUUGAAAAUCAGUGGUGCAAAUGUAAACAGCUUCAACAUAUCUUUGAAAAACCCCGUGUUUAUCAAGUUGUUUGUCAUUACAGUCAUCACCCUGGUGUUGUUGCUUGUGCCCACAUUUGAAGAUCGAGCACAAAGGAAUUGCUUUGCCGUGUUGAUUUGUGCCUCGUUACUAUGGGCCACGGAAGCCAUUCCGUUAUUUGUCACUUCCCUCUUGAUUCCAUUGUUGGUUGUUUUCCUUCAAGUGCUUAAAAACGAUGAUGGCCUGAUAAGAGAUUCAGUGCUGGCAUCGAAGUUCAUAUUGAGCACAAUGUGGAAUUCGGUCAUAUUAUUGCUAUUGGGAGGCUUUACUCUUGCCGCGGCAUUGUCGAAGUACCACAUUGCAAAGUUGAUCUCGACUUGGAUCUUGUCAAAAGCAGGAACAAACCCUUCAGUUGUUUUGCUUACAAUAAUGGGUGUUGCCUUGUUUGCUUCGAUGUGGGUCUCAAAUGUUGCUGCACCAGUCUUGUGCUUUUCAUUGAUUCAGCCUUUGCUUCGAACAUUGCCUAAAGGGUCACAAUUUAUUAAUGCAUUGAUUCUUGGUAUUGCUUUAGCAAGUAAUAUUGGAGGAAUGGCAUCGCCCAUCAGUAGCCCCCAAAAUGUUGUUGCGUUGGGCAACAUGGAUCCACCUCCGCUGUGGGGCCAAUGGUUUGUCAUUGCAUUACCAGUUUGUGUCUUGUCAUUAUUGCUUAUUUGGAUGCUCAUGUUGCUUACAUUCAAUUGCAAUGCUAAAAAUACUCAUUUGAUACCAAUUAGGACAAUCGAUGAUAGAUUUACUGGGGUCCAGUGGUUUAUUGUAGCCGUUAGUGUUGGCACGAUUUUCCUUUGGUGCAUUGCUUCUAAAAUCACGGGACUAUUUGGAGAAAUGGGUAUGAUUGCCUUGAUUCCCUUGAUUUUGUUCUUUGGAACUGGACUUCUUACAACAGAAGAUUUCAACAACUAUCCAUGGACAAUCAUUGUGCUUGCACAAGGAGGAAGCUGUCUUAGUAAUGCGGUCUCAUCGUCUGGCUUGCUAAAGACCAUUGCUGUUGAAAUCAAGAGUCAAGUGGAAGGGUUUUCAUUGUUCGGCGUGGCACUUACAUUUGGGCUUUUAAUUUUGAUCAUGGCGACAUUCAUAUCUCACACAGCAGCAGCAUUGAUCGUGUUGCCAUUGCUACGCGAACUAGGCGACAGUAUGGAUGAUCCUCACCCAAACUUGUUGGUUAUGGUUGGAUGUUUGAUUUGCAGUGCCGCAAUGGCAUUGCCAACCUCAGGGUUCCCCAAUAUCACGGCCAUUUGCAUGACUGAUGAAUUUGGGUCUCCUUACUUGAAUGUGGACAUGUUUAUCACAAGGGGAGUGCCACUGAGUGUUAUCGCGUAUGCCAUCAUUGUCACUAUUGGUUUUGCAACAAUGAAGAUCAUAAACUUUUGA